GUGGGUAACGGUGUCUAUCGAAGUCUCUGUAUAAGGCCCCAGACCCAGCUCUUCUGCUGCCCUGCCAUCGACUGCCCUGGAGCUGCAUCGAGAACCAUGGUGCCCAGGACCCUUGCUCCUGUGUGUGUAUUAGUCUUUCUUCUCCUCCAGCACUCAAAGACUGUCACUGAUGCCCCCGUGGGCCCAGGGCUGUGGCUAUGUCAGCAGGCACCCAGGUGUGGGGACAAGAUCUACAACCCUCUGGAGCAGUGCUGUAAUGAUGACACCAUCCUGCCCCUGAAUCGGACCAACCUCUGUGGCCCUAAUUGCACCUUCUGGCCCUGCUUUGAGCUCUGCUGUCCUGAGUCCUUUGACCCCAAGAAGUAUGUUGUGAAGUUGAAGGUUCUGGGUGUGAAGUCUCGAUGCUAUUCCUCCCCCAUCUCCGGGGACUGUGCCAGCAGAAAGAUGUUUUCUCAUUUGGAAAGAUAUUGAAGACAAUAAAUUUCCACUAAGGCAGCUUGGAAAGGAAGGCUGGGGCAGGCAUCAGCAUCUGUGCAAUGAAGAGCCUGGGAUUUCCACCUUGGAGAGACCUUAGCUGACUGCCACUUGGUUUUCCCAGUGUGCUCCAUUUUAACGUCUGCCCAUUAUCUCUGUCAUUGCUCCCUUGUCCUUCGGUCCCUCUGUCCUGAUUCACCACCCUUGCUGAUACGUGUUAACCAAUCACCUCACGGAGGUGCCGUGUACCAUAGGCACCCGUGAUUCUUUGGUUGCUCUAUGAAACCCCUUUUGCUAUUAAAUAUCCAUGGGAUUCUGUUGCAAAAAUAA